UUUGAUGAGUGAUCCAUUCUUUAUAUCUAGCCUAAAUGUCAGGUAACACCAGUUAUUAUAUCCAUUAGUAUAAAAAUAAUUAAAAAUGGUUAGUGUAACAGAUAUUAUUAUGUAUGCAAUUGCUUCUAUAGCUAUACUUUUUGUAUUAAGACAAAUAUGGAGAGUUAUAUAUGUGUUUGUGAUCGGACCCAUUGUGAAUAAAGUCGAUUUUAAAUCUUACGGAGAAUGGGCAAUGAUCACAGGAAGUACAGAUGGAAUCGGCAAAGAGUAUGCAAGACAAAUAGCAGCGAAGGGGUGCAAUGUGAUUUUAGUCAGUCGCACAUUAGAUAAACUAAAGGCAGUUGCUGAAGAAAUAGAAAAUGAGUUCAAGGUUAAAACGAAGGUUAUCCAAGCAGACUUUACCAAAGAUGACGAUACUGUAUUAUACGCCAAUAUUGCAAACGAAAUUAAGGGUAUGGAGAUUGGAGUUUUAGUGAAUAAUGUUGGAACAUCCUACGUGUAUCCUGAGUAUUUCUUAGAGAUACCCGAUUGGUUAACCACUGUAACGGAUUUAUUAAAAGUGAACUGCACCGCUCUCGUCCGCGUGACAGCAUUAGUGUUGCCAGCUAUGGUACAAAGGAAAAAGGGAAUUGUAAUAAACAUUGGCUCCAUAGUAUCGGAAUGUCACAGCCCAUUGCUAACCGUCUAUUCUGCUACAAAGGCAUUCGUCUGCAAAUUCUCAACCACGCUGAAAGAAGAAUACGAGAAAGAUGGUAUUAUUGUCCAAUGCGUCACCCCCGGAUACGUAGUAACAAACAUGUCUAGGUACAAAGCCAGCAGUUUCUUCGUACCAACGCCGAAAGACUUCGUCAGAUCCGCUCUGAGACUAGUUAAUACUACCAGUAAGACAUAUGGCUUCUUCAACCAUUCGCUGUCAAUGGUAUUCAUAGAUUUUAUAGAUGCGAUAUCGGAAAGUUACCUAGUAAAGACAUCUAGGGAGAGAAUGGAGAUUUCUGGGAAUAUUAUCAAGAGAAAAUUGGCUAAACGACGAUAAAGUUUUAUUUAGAAAUAAAAUUAAAAAUACAAAAGAGA